CAAAUACAGUAUGCUUAGUAAAACAAUUUUACGAAGUUCGGCGUCUAAUGUUCUUAAGUGAAUAAUUAAGCGAUUUAUUAAAGACGUUGCUAUUAUUUAGUUCAAAUAGCAAAUGCCUCUAUGAUAUUCAUUUUGUCCAAUUAAAAUCAUGAAACGAUUGUCUGACAUAUCGAACGAAAUCACUUAUUUCAAAGUUUGUUUUUAUUUAUUAAUACUUCAUUUCGUUUUAUGGCAAAAUCUUGAAAAUUAUUUCUCAGUAUGUAUUAGCGCUGUGAUUUUCUGUAUCAUUAUCGUCGACUGAAAAAUCUCUCAAAUGGGUGAAAAUUUACAUAAGAAGUCUGACUUGGAAGUUGAAAAUGAAAAUGUCGUUGUUGACUCAGUAUUGAUGCAUAAAGCUACGCCAGAAUAUCUUCAAGAACUACUAAAAGACAAGAGGCAGCUGCAGAAUUUCCCAAACAUAUUCUUACACUUAGAAUUCAUUUUGGAGAAAGAAAUUACUCGCGUAAGGCAGAAGCUGUUUCAUUUAAACGAAUCAGUAAAGAAAACUGAAAACGAGCUUCCAGUACCCUCCGGAAAUAUUGUGUCAUUGCAAGAGAAGGUAUUUGUUCCUGUGAAAGAAAAUCCCAAUUAUAACUUUGUUGGACGCCUCCUUGGUCCAAGAGGAUUGACUGCAAAACAGCUUGAACAAGAUUUGGAGUGUAAAAUCAUGGUGAGAGGUAAAGGAUCACUUAGAGACAAAAGAAAGGAGGAUUCAAACAAAGGGAAACCAAACUGGGAACACCUCGAUGAGGAGUUGCAUGUUCUGGUGAGCGUCGAAGAUUUUGAAAGUCGUGCGGCAAUUAAGCUGAGAAGAGCGUCUGAAACCAUUCGUGCAUUUCUUGAGCAAGGAGUGAGGACGCCAGAAAAUGAGGACAGAUUGAAACAAUUACAGUUAAUGGAAUUGGCUGUUCUAAAUGAUAAGGAUCGUCAGCAAGCACAUAUUCAACAAGUCCAACAACACCAACAGCUUAUAUUACAACAUCAGUCACUUACUGUGUUAAAUCAUCAAGCGGCUGCAGCAGCGGCAGCUGCUGCAGCCGCAGCUCAAAUAUUACCAUCAAAUAAAUAUUCUUCAACUAAUAUUUUACCUCAGAUUCAAACUCAGGUACUUCCUGUAUCACUGGCAACAAACUGUUUACUUCCUGGGACAGUGAAUUCUGCAUUAUCUCAAGCUAAUUCAAUACAUUCCAUUCCAAAUAAUCAAUUAUCUCAUUCUAUCCCAUCUCUUAGCUCAGCAAAUUUAUCUACGUAUUUACCAAAUAAUAAUAUAUCCGGACUUUUAUAUCCUUUGACGGCAAAUGCAGCUUUAUCUGCAGCUGUCAGUACAGGAUCAGCUACAAAUAAUGGACAACUUAAUCUAACUCUUCCUUUAAGCCAAAUCGCUGGCGGUAUUACCGGGAAUGGACUUUCUGGUUUAUCCUUGCCAAUCGGCUCUACGUUGCAUGCAGCCAGUCAUGACCAGUUAGCUGCUGUUGCAGCUGCUCUCCUUAGUGGAAGUGGGACAGGAGGUAUUGGUGCAAGUAAUUCAAAUUUACAGUUAUGCAAUGGUAACGCGAAUAAUCCUGUAUCUAAUAUAAACUCAGGUGCUCAUAGUUACCCUAUCACUUCACAUACAUCACUUGCAGAUGCUGUAAAUAUUCUAGAGUUCAACAGCGCAUCAAAUACACAAGACACUGGUUCAGGUAGUUUUAAGUUUAAACUUACAUCCUUAAAGAUAACAUGUAUUAAAAUAUAUGUUCUUAAAUUUGUUUAAAGCUUUUACCGAUGCUUUUGGUGAACUUCGAGGUUCUUAAUAUUUGUCUCAGUUCAAUGUUAGACUUUACAGAUAUAAGUAAAGUUGCUGAGGAUGUCUAUUAGUUGGAUGUGCUAAUUCCCAAUUAUUUCGUAGAUUAUUACCGUUGCUUAGUAUAGGAAUAGGGUUAUAGUUACUUACAUAUGACAGGUUAGUUCCAGGAGUAACUUUUUGUUUUGUCAGUAAGUUCAAAUUUUAGAAACCUUAACAGAAAAAGUGUUUACAGACUUGUAUAAUAGAGUCAUGAACAAACCUAGUGAAAACAAAACACCUGUUAUUAGUGUUAAUAAAUCUGAGUUACUUAUUAAGCAAACAGAAAAUUCAUUUAGUAAUGGAAGUAAUGCUAGAACAAAUUACGUUUAUGAUUUUAUAAUUUUUUGAAGCUUCACAGUUGUAUUUAUAAUUAUUAUAAACAGAUCACAGUCUAUUAUUGAACAAUGGAUUAGGAUUGGGUUAUUGACUAAGUGUUCAAGUAUCAUAACGAGCAGAAGCUACUGGAUGUUCAGUGACCUUCGGAUAUGAUUCCAUGCCAAUAAGUCAUACUGUAUGUAAUCGUUUAUUUUGCCCUAUACUUUGAUGUACAAGUGUAUUAUCUGAGUAGGAACAAGUUUAAGCUAGUCAGUUGUUCUUUAUAAAAUACAUUGAAUAAUUUAAUUGUUUUACACACAGUCAUCGUUCAAAUACUUCAGAUUUCAUCGCACAGCCAUUAACUCAUAAUAAAAUACCAGUUAUAUCUGAUGUUUAAGUCAAUAAGCAGUUGUUAGAACCUCAGUUGGAAUAGAUAAAAUUUUCUUAUGACCGAUUGUUACUGUUACAGUUAAAACUGGAAAAGAAAAAUUUUAUACAAAACUGAAGUUGUUUAUACAAUGGAUUGUAAGCUAAGGUCAUUAUUGCGAAAUUUACUUUGUCUAAGGAAUUGGAAGUUGCUUCCAGAUGCGAAAUAUCAUAGUGAAUAUCAAUAUGAUAGAAUUAGAAAAGACGAUAUAAGAAAUAUAGCAACGUCGAAAGCAUUGUAAGUAAUUGUAAAACUGUUAGAAAUAGAGUUUGAAAUAUUGAAAAUUAAGUGAUCAGAGAUGUAAUCUGUACAUAAAGUACAUGAUUCAAUUCACACGUAACUGUUUUAUACAUGCUACCGGCUAGGAUCUUUUUAUUUGACUCUGCAAUAUUCUAUAGAGGGUACUUAUUGAGCUUUAUGCAAAUAACAGCAUUGAUAAGUACGGGAAACCAUACUUUUGAAAUAAUUUUCCAGAUUGUUUACAUUUGUUACAUGCUUGUUAUUUAAAAAUGUCAACCUACCAUGUUUUACAGGACCACUUAAAUUACGCUCCUUGCAAGCUACAUCAUCCACAGUUUCUCGAAUGCAUCCAUACCUAAGACAGUAAUCAAUGAGUAAGUUGUUUAUUCAUUUUUUGGUCUUAUAUGAGAAUUUUUCUCAUAGGAUUAAGUGAAUUUUACUUUUCAUUCUCUAGAUGGAACCUAUUUUUUCAUGUUCAAAAAAGAUGCAUUGACGGCCUUUUAUACUUAUAUUCAUGGGCCUACGUAUGAAAAGUGUGAAUUGUUUUUGUAUUAGGAAAUAAGUAAAAUAAGAGGAAAAAAGAAUUGAAUCGGAUUACCGUAUCAAGUUAACUCGCUUCAGUUGUUUCGUUCAUCGACCUCGAAUACUACUGUCGGCUACACAUUAUUGUUACAUUGAUCAUUAAUAUAAUUUAUUAGUCAAACAGUGUUAAUUAACAAUAGGGUUUGUCUGAACCGUUGGUACAAAUUGGCUUACAUGAUGAAAUAACUGUUUUCAGCCAUAAGAAAAAUAUCUUCCUACAGACAAGUAUUUGGUAGGCUUAGGCGAAACUUCUUCACAUAGAAAAGUGUUUUUGUGAUUUGCCAUAUUUCAGGCACAAAAAGUAUUAGAUGAUUGCAUUCGUAGAAUUACUCUGGUUUGUGCCAUGUAAAUCUGUUAUUGUUGUCUAAUGGUAAACUAUUCAAUGUUUAAGCACGAAACCUGUGAAAUAAGUCCUCGUUAUUUUCCUGAUUAUUAAUCAUAGAUAAAUUAAUACCAAUUAUUUGCAUUUUUUAAAGCUUUUAAAUUCACAGAAUUGAUUAAAACUGUCAAUCGUAGAAACAUUUAAUAUACAACUAGUAUAUAACUAUUUGUUAUACUAAAUAUUGUGCUUUAUUUUGCUUUUUCGAUAAAUAGAUGACGUCAUUGCUGCAAAUAAUACAAAAUCUGCUUAUAUCCAUGACAAAUAGCAGCUGUUAAUUAUUGUGAUUUUUAAUUUACCAGCAGGCUUUCAUUAAAUAAUCAAAAACAGUUUAAGUACUUUCGUAUCACAAAUGCAAAUGCUUAAUAUCUAACAAGUUGAUUUGUCUUCUCUUAGUGUACUACAUGUAUAUUAAUUUGACUUACUCAAACAUCCCUCAUAGUUACUUGUUAUGCUUUUAUUUUCUACUAAACUUUGCUCAGAACUUGUAUUAUUAGAAUUAUUAUUACUACUGCAUUGGGUAGGGAAAAUAGAGACUGCUAUGUUAAAAGAAAAAUAUUUUGAUAUGGUUUUUUCAUAGACACUAUCCAUGACACAAGAGUACAUUGUCAGAGUUAUUAAAGGUGAGAAUUUCUGCCUGUACUAUCGACUCGAAUCUACAUCAUGCAUACUGACUAAUAUCUUUGUUGUUAUUCUCAAUUAUAUCAGUAAUUUUCAUUAUGAAUAACAAUGACAGUUAUUGUAUGUUCAAUAUACAUAACAAAUGUGUUCUAAUUUUGUUUUUAUUUAUUUUAAAUAAUAUAAAUUUGUGUGAAUUGAUGUAAAACAAGUUUAAAUAUUUUCCCUUCUACUAUUACAGUAGACUUAUUUUAAACUCAUUUACGAUGUGUAUAUUUGAUAUUACUGUACUAAAUGUUUUCGUUAUUGUCAAAUUGUCGUUUUGUGAUUCUUCUCCCUGUUUUGUUUUCCAUCCUAUUUUCUCUAAUUCAUAUCAUACAACAAAAUGUUUGACAACCAUGACAGAAAAUCUAGUUAUGAGACUGUUUUUUAUUUGCCCAUUUUUAGCACUGCUUAAGAGUAAAUUUUUAUCUUCCAACCCAUAUUACUUUGUUAAAUUUUUUAUACAGUUGCCUAGAUAUUUUGGUUUGAUGCGAAUUUCUCUUCAUCUUUUAUUUGAAUGAUUGUGUAAUCGCAUAACUAUAUUAAGUUUAAAAUAAAACUUGUUUGUGAAAAUUUGCCUAGAUCCUUUUCUAUGAUUCAUUACUUUUUUUAAACAAAAAACAAUUACAGCACUUCAUUCUCAUUACUUGAUUUCUUGUAUGACCUAUUGAAAUGACAAUAUGUUUAUGGGAUUAUUAGUGGUCAGAGUGAUAUUGUCUUCCUUAUGACUAUACCUCCCCCAACCGUUAACUUUUGUCUUCUAUCUGAAUUGCUUAUUUUUAAAUUCCAUUUUAUUUUCUCCUUAUAUAUGACUUCAAAAAUGGCCAUUACUACGUUUCCAGUAUUUUUGAUCUGUCUACUCAGUUACUGAGUUAAAUUUACCUGUCAGUUUAUUUAUAGGAUGAAAAUACGUUAAAAUAUGUGGCGAAAAAGAAAUAAUAGAUAAAUAGCGGAAAGGUGUUGCAAAAGCCAGAAGGAAAACGAAGAACAAAGUAGAUUUGGCAAAUUAAAAGUCAAGAGACAGCAAAACAGAAAGACAAAGACAAAUAAUACUUAUUUUUUGUUGAAAAACAUUUACUUUUCUAAAAUAUUGUUAUUUUUUUCCUUUGUUAGUACAUAUAUUUGAUUAACGGACCAGACGAUUGACAGGAUAAGGAUUCUCGUCAAUACUUCUAAUGGAACACAUCUUAAUGCAAAUAGCUUAGAAACUGUUGGUAGGAUAAACAUUAGGUUUUUUAUAUUUUCAUAAAAUCCGUAAAUUAUACAAAAGAGUUCUAGAGUUCUUAGCUAUUUGGCAUACUAUUUCACGCACCGAUUUCUAAUACUUACACUAUUCUAUAUAAUGUAAAGUAAAGAAUCAUUUUUACUUAUCAGAACUGGGUAAGAUUCUAUGCUUUUUUUAAGAUAAUCACUCUUUAUGUAUGGGCACUGAUUGUGUCAGAUGUCCAUGUGGAUUCAAUUUAAAUGAUCUAGGUACCUAAAUAGAUAUAGUUUAUAAUUUGAAAGCUGUUAUCUUUCAGAAUCAAAUCUAGGGUUCUAUGGCUUUUUUCAAAAAAACCUGUUAUGAAAAUUAAUGUCCUGUUUUGUUUUAUACAAGUACUGAAAAGUUUAAAUAUUAAAGUUGGGAAUUAACCACGGUUUCAAAUUACCCAACAAAUGUACCUAUUUCGUGAUUUUUAGUUGCUAUUUAAGACUUUUAAAAAUGAAUCUGAAAAAUUAUGUCACAAUUAAUUGUGCAAGAGCUGUGGAAAAUCUUAC